GUACAAAAGCAGUUAUUGCGGUUAGUAGGAGACUGGUCCUGCAUUGCAUGGGGAUGCUUGGACUGGUCGAAUAGACGUUGCGGUCUGUGUGGAGCUACCCACAUUUUCUGCAGCACUUGUGACCAAGGAUGGGAUCCUCAGUGGUUCUUCGCCAACCCACUGUGCUGCUGUGGAUAGCCCUUGCGAGUGUGCUUCCAGUUGCUCACUGCAGCGGCUCCCUGGAGGCCAGCGGGUACACCGCUUCCUGGCUCCCUGGACAUGCAACUUGGUAUGGGGAUCCAUAUGGAGAGGGCUCAAGCGGAGGAGCUUGUGGCUACACAGAGCUCGCAGGUACUCCGUAUGGUUUGAGUGUGGGUGCGGGAAGUGCUGUCAUCUACCAGAAUGGCCAAGGGUGCGGCGAAUGCUACGAAGUUAAGUGCACGUACCCAUCUUGCAAGCCGACGCCCAGUAGAAUUGUUAUUACUGAUUUUUGUCCAGGAGGAACGUUUUGCAGCACAGGCGAACCAGCAUUUGAUCUCAGUGGCAUGGCCAUGACAAACAUGGCUCUUCCUGGCAGGGACCAGGAGUUACGUAACUUGGGCUUGUACGAGAUUCAAUACAGAAGAGUGCCCUGUUAUUAUCCAAACCAGAACGUCGCUUUUAAAGUAGACCCCGGGUCCACCCCGUUUUGGCUUUCGUUCACCAUUGAAUACCAAGGAGGACCAGGAGACAUUGAAAGCGUCGCUAUAAGACAGGCUGGUAGCUCUGAGUUCCAGCAGAUGCAACACAACUGGGGUGCUAAUUACAUGUUAAUCUGCUACUCCGGAAAGCCAUUCAAGGGACCCUACGACGUGAUGAUCACUGCCAAAUUGAACGGCCAUGUCCUUAUUGCCCAGGAUGCCAUUCCGGAAUACUUCCAACCAGGAGGUAUCUACGAGUCCAAUGUGCAGCUAGGGUACUAGUUCGGGUUGGAUCUACUGCUGAAGUGUUGACGGAACUAGAAUGUCAUGCGAGUAAGGAUUUAUGUCACUGUAAUCGAUCCAUGAUUGGGCUGUUCUGGCCACUACAGCGGAUUUCAACAUUAUCAGACUUCUAAACCUGCUUCCGGAAGGCCUGAAGUGAAGAGUCUGGUCUAUGUAUGUUAGCAAGAAAUCUCUGACCUUCUUCAUAAGAGACAGCUCCAUGGCGUCCAGGAGGAACAGCGUUGUAAGUUAGUUUGUGAUAUAAAAAUUAUACAUUACACCUCCAAAAUGACAUUGAGACAUAACGUUUGUAUCCUCACCGUCAUUUGAAUUAACAUAUUUGGACUGUUGGUUGUUGAGCUUCAUACCAACAUCGCGAAGGAGGUCUUUGAACACUGGAU